GAUGUGGCGGAACCGAUAUUAGAAUUAAUGCUUUUCACCGGAACUGUCAGGGGUUGCACUGGGCGGAAGUUCGUGUGUUUGGAAAAGUGGCGGCAAAGUGUACUGGCACCGGAGAGUACGGGGCGGACGGAUGGAUGGCGCUGCCGGCCGGCCGCGUGCUCUGCUGCUCCAGGCGGGCGGUGUCGGCGGCGCUCGAGCGCUUGUCGGAGGCUCUGUGCGAUCGGCUGCAGGGAGAGCGGCAGCUGGAGGCUCGGCGGAUAUUUGAAACAGCUGUUCAGGAGAACAUCCUUGUCAAUGGAAUGUUAUGGCAAGAAGUUUCAGAGGAUGAGGAAUUGAGAUACGGGAAUGACAUAAAGAAUUUGGAUGACGAUUUGGAUGAAUGCAUUAAGGAGACAGCUUCAAAACGUAAACAGUUUCCCAGAAAAGUUGUUGGACAUCUUGCUAAAACCAUAAAAGCAGAAAGGGAAUUGUUGAAGCUUUAUCAGCCAGCGGUAGGUCUGCAAAUGAAAAUGGGAAUCCAUCCAGAACAAGUAUUCAAGGAAGCAGAAAUAAUGGAAAGCACAUCAAAAAAUUCUCAAGAUAUGAGUGAAGCCAUGAAGGAGUUACCAGCCUUUAUGGAAAAAGCACAAGGACUUUUGCAAACUCUACACCUUGUUUCUGUCAUGAAGCACUCACAGACAAAUAAGACAGUCUUCUCAAACCAUACAGGGAUGGAACUCCAAAAUGAGAAAGGACAGACUUUCCCCCUUGGAAAAACAGAUGUCACUCCCAUAGAGACAGAUAAAAAGAAAUUGCUGAAGAAUCGUAGUUCAAGGAAGAGAAAAAUAAAUUCUUCUGUUAAUUAUAAAUAUCCAAAGCGAAAACUGCAUCUUGGUCAAUAAACCCUGCUAAAUGUGCAACAAAGUAUGGCAGUAUCAACAUGCAAAUGACUAACUGUUCUUAUUAACUACAUGAUUGAACAGAACAUUAGAUGUCCAUAAGAUAGGGAGAAAAUGAAAUAUAAUAUUAAGCAUAAUAGAAUAUGUAACAUAACAAAUUUGUCAUCUUCAUUUCUACAGAAGAUGCUAGACUUAUGGAUCGAUUUAAAUAUUUAGUUGCUCUUUGUUUUUGUGAAUUUCACAGUUCUCUUAAUACAAAUAUUGAUUUAUCUGAAAAGACUGCAGCAUCCUUUUGAAAAUGUGAAAAAUGGUUUAGUUUUUGUUUGACUUAUUUUUCCUCCAGCUUUACUAAGAGCCUCUCUAGCAUUCUGUUCAACUGUGAUAUUGUGACUGAGCAAAUCUUUAUUCAGAAAAUGAACAUUCAGUGUGUCUAAAUAUGAUAGACAAAUUAAACUUUUGUCAGUUAUGCAUUUAAUAAAGGAUGUAGCACACCUUAAUACAUUUUGUUUAAUAU